UAGUGACGUCAUCCGAACAGCAGGCGGCAGCAGAGGCGGGAAUCCAAUGCGGAAGUGGCUCAUACCAGGAAGUCUUUCAGCAACACAACGUCGGUUUCACCAUGAAUCCGCUAACGAAGGUGAAGUUGAUCAACGAGCUGAACGCGCGCGAGGCCGACCUCGGGGUGAACGAGUCCGUCUCCUGGCACACCGAGUACAAAGACAGCGCCUGGAUAUUCAUCGGAGGAUUUCCAUACGAGCUGACCGAAGGUGACAUCAUCUGCGUCUUCUCUCAGUACGGAGAGAUCGUCAACAUCAACCUGGUUCGGGACAAGAAGACGGGGAAGUCCAAAGGUUUCUGCUUCAUCUGCUACGAGGACCAGAGGAGCACCGUCCUCGCUGUGGACAACUUCAACGGCAUCAAGAUUAAAGGUCGGACGAUCCGCGUGGAUCACGUUAAAGACUACCGUCCUCCCAAAGACACAGAGGACAUCGACGAUGUGACCAAACAUCUGAGGGACGAAGGCUGCGCUCCCAAAGUCCACGAGUCCUCCUCCUCCUCCUCAGAGGAAGAGGAGCAGUACGCCGUCCCAGUGAAGAAACCCAAAAAAGACAAGAAAGAGAAGAAAAAGAAGAAGAAAGAGAAAAAGGAGAAGAAGGAAAAGAAGAAGGCCGAGAAGGAGAAAGAGAGGGGGAGUCGGGCGCCGCACUCCUCCUCCUCCUCACCGCCUCUUCCUCCUCCUGUCGUCAGAGUCAAAGAGGAGAGAGAGGACGCCGCCUACGACAAGUACAACCAGAGGGGGGCGCCGCCGGGAGGACAGCAGAACGGACAGAGAGCGAGGGAGGACGAGAGGCUCCGGGGGGAGGAGGAGAGGAGGAGAGAGACAGACAGGGAGAGAGGGGAAGACAGGAGGAGGAAUCGUGAGAGAGAGGGCGACAGGAGGAGAGAGACAGACAGAGAUUAUGAGAGAAAAAGAGAGACAGACAGGGAGAGAGAGAGAGACAGUGAUAGGAGGAGGGAGACAGACAGGGACAGAGAGAGAGACAGCGAUAGGAGGAGGGAGACAGACAGGGACAGAGAGAGAGACAGCGAUAGGAGGAAGGAGACAGACAGGGACAGAGAGAGAGACAGCGAUAGGAGGAGGGAGACAGACAGGGACAGAGAGAGAGACAGACAGGGACAGAGAGAGAGACAGUGAUAGGAGGA